AUGGAACAAGAAGACAAAAGGGGGCAAGCAAUUAGGAGGCAGCAAGGACUGCUACAACUGUGGCAAACCAGGCCACUUUGCCAGGGACUGCCAGAUGAACAAGGACAACUGCUGGAAGACCCAGAGUCUGGUCUAGAGGACGAUGACGACUGUAUCGUACCUCCAAUUCGUGUAGCAACACCUUACCAGGACGCCCAGACAGGCAAAGAAACGGAAUACUACUCUAACAACGACCAGCGAUACCACGCGGUAGAAUUCACGCCAGAACUCCAAGAGCUCGUUCACCGAUUCUGCAAGGAAAUCGACGACGGUAAACAGUUCACCAACGACCUGGAAGAAGCUGAAGACCAGCUUUAG